CUAACUUUGUAUCUAGGAGGUGUUCAUACUCCGCAGUCCCUGCUGUCCAACCCGUACUAUUGAUUGCCCGAUCGGGCAGGGAUGCCCGGGCCUCAUGGCGCCCCACCGCCGCCUGCCUGGGCGCCUGAGGCAUGCAGGCAGCGCUCGACGAAGGUGGGGUUGGAAAGUUCUCCAACAUUGGGUUGAAUCAUCCCGCCGAAUCGAUAGUCUCGAAUCGUGAGGAUUAAUCGGACUAUUCCCUCUGUACUACUACCACUACCGCGAUACAGCCCGCGAUCUACCCCGCAUCGCCUGCGAAAAUCUCCUAUCGUCAAAGUUUGAUCUGCGAGGCCAUCAGCACGCAGAAGCAGCCAUGGCCGACUCAGAGCUGGAGGAGAUCAGACGUGCCCGUCUUGCGCAGCUUCAGCAGCAGGGUGGUGGUGCCCCCCGCGGGGGUGCCGAUGGUGGACAGGAAGAACAGAGAAGGUCCGACCGCCGCAGCACCAUCCUGAACCAGAUCCUGGAACCCGAAGCCGCCGAUCGGCUGGGCCGUAUCCGCCUCGUCAAGGAAUCGCGUGCUGCCGACGUCGAAAGCCGACUGAUCAUGCUCGCCCAGUCGGGGCAAUUGCGCCAGAAGGUCUCGGAGGACCAGCUCAAGCAGCUGCUGAACGCCAUGGCGGAGAACCAGCGCAAGGACGAGGAGGAGCACAAGAUUGUUAUUACCCGUCGUAAAGGCGGCUGGGAUGACGAUGAUGACCUGCUUGAUCUGUGA